AUGGUGGAUUAUAAGAGGGUUCAGGAAGAAGGUAAGGGAAGGAGAUGGAUGCCGAAUGGCGAAGUGUUAGGAAGAGAGGAUACAGCAAGAAUGGGACAAGAGCUGACAACAAUUUUUCGUCUUUUAUUGUCUGUCUCAAUCAUUGUGAUGUCUGAAAGCAGAUCAAAUUUGCCAUUUUCGAACCCAAAAUUUGAUCCAUGCAACAAAACCCUAAAUUCAGGAACUUUUCACGACAAUGGCCAAUUAAGUUGGGAGCCUUCAUGGCUGUCUGAUAAGGACAAGGUUCUGUUGCAGAAUUCGAAGCAGAAGUUAAAACCCGAUGUUGUCGUAGCAUCGGAUGGCUCGGGCCGCUACAAAACCAUUGGUGAAGCUGUCCGAGUUGCGCCUAGUCGGAGUAAUAAGAGGUUUGUUAUAUACGUGAAAAAAGGAAUCUAUCGCGAAAAUGUGAACGUCGAGGAUGACAAAUGGAAUGUAAUGAUUUAUGGCGAUGGAAUUGGAAAAACAAUUGUUUCUAACAAUCUUUCCAUUGGUGACCGGCUAAGUACGGCUAAGACAUCUACAUUCGCUGCCUUCGGCAAAGGAUUUAUUGCAAUGGACAUGGAGUUCCAGAACACGGCGGGGCCGACCAAGGGUCAGGCGGUGGCGCUGCAGUCCUCUUCCGACCAAUCCGUGUUCUUCCGCUGCCGGAUAGCCGGAUACCAAGAUACUCUCUACACAAGGUACGGCCGUCAAUUCUACCGCGAAUGUCAAAUCCUUGGAACAAUAGAUUUCAUCUUCGGGACAGCAGCCGCCAUCAUUCAAAAUAGCGCGAUACUAGUCCGGCGGCCAAACCCUCAAAAAGUUACUAUAAUCACCGCUCAGGGCAAAGAAACGCCGCAAACCAAUAGUGGUUUAUCCAUACAAAAUUGCACCAUUGACGCCGCUGAAAAUCUUAAAGGGAUUAAAACAUAUUUGGGCCGGCCGUGGAAGGACCACUCGACCACGGUGAUCAUGGGGAGCCGAUUGGGGAGUCUUAUAGAUCCCGAGGGAUGGCUGCCGUGGAAUGGGCAGCCACCCCCCGAUACGGUAUUAUAUAUUGAGUAUAAUAAUAGAGGCCCCGGGGCUAAUAUUGCGAGGAGGGUUAAAUGGAAAGGAGUGAAGGUUGUGAAUACAAAGGAUGCCGCGGAUAAAUUCACGGUUAAAAACUUUAUUGACGGCGGCCGGUGGCUUCCUUUAACCACUGUGCCGUUUUAUGGAGGUCUGUAA